AUGUCGGCCGAAGUACUAGAUACCGGUACAGCCACCACCGAUCUCUCUGAAAGACUGGAGUAUGUGCCCACGCCGGAGCCGACACCACUGCGCGAUGAAGUCGCCGCGUUGAUCGAGCCAUGGCGCAAUGCCGAUACGAAGCCACCGUUCACAACGGGCGAACUCAUCGUGAUUGUCUUCGUGAUCAUGGGGAAGGAGCAGAUGUCUGAAACCGAGAUACACUCCAACAUUCUUCGAAGGUUCUCUUAUUAUUGCAAUCUGGCAAUUGACUCCUUGACGUACAUAGUCGAAAAGACGUGUGACGACGGACUGGACGAAGGAUUUGACUCGCCCAUCGAUGACUUCUACGAUGCGCUGCGCGAUUCUGAGCUGCCAGUACGUCGCAAAUACAUCGACUCGUUUCACUCAGGUUAUGAGGACGCCUCAACGUUGGUGAAGAUCUUCUUGCCAGCCGCCCGCAUAUAUUUGCGACAUCAAUUGGAGCCUGAGCGCCUGGGAACCUUUGACUUCAUGGGAUUGCCCGCAGAGUUGCGCGAGAAGGUCUACAAGAUGCUGCUUAUCUAUCCGAAGCGCGGGCUAUGUAUUUCAUCGUCAUUCCCGGAUGGAUUUGUAGGUCUCGUGCUCACACCGAGACAGCGAGAUUCGCCUCUUGCAGUGUGGGAAGCUUUCGAGAAACGCAAAUACGAGCUGGUAUGCCUACCGAAGAUGCGCGAGGUCCUCUCUAUUCUGCGGGUGUCCAAGCAGAUCUGCUCUGAAACGCUGCCAAUUUUCUACCGCAACAACCUCUUCCACUUUCCCUCUCUAGAAGAGCUUCAGAAAGCACUGGGUAUUGUGGGGCGGGAAGUAAGACAAAUGAUCGAUCACAUGCAGAUCGACCUUCACUGCCUCUGUGAACUUGAUCCAUCAUUUAGGAAAGCCCAUGGUUUUGUUAUCUUGUUUCCCGAUCUAGCUCCGAAGACGCUGGUGCUGCAGCGGCCAGCCACUGUCUUUCCUCAGAUGUGUCUAUACGAGGAUCCCGCUUCUGUCGAACGGCGGACCUCAUUCGAGAUGAAUCCAAGUCUCAUGGAGUUCGUUGCUCUUGCGCAGCGAGCUAAGAAGCUCGAGGUCAGAGGAAAUGUUAGAUUGAAGACUUGGCUGGAGAAGAAGUUGACCGAAUCGGGAAACGUGGUCACAAAUGACACAGGCAAGAUGGACUCGUCCAAGCAGGCUAUUUGCGAGCCUUAA